UGGAAAUACUCUCCUUUUAUGGAGGAGAAGCCCUGCUUCUGUGACCUCUAGUUUAGAAUUGUGACACUUGUGGAUUACAUUGCAAGUCGUUUCUGGACUGGCAUUCCUAGAUGCAUGGUUGAGGGUGAAGGAAGGAUUUCAUGUGACCAGGAGAGGACAAGACGGAAAGUCCAGGAUUUAUCCCAAAGCUUUGCAAUGACAGAGGUGAACACAGUCUCCCUGCGUCCUACAGAGACCAGCCUGAACAGCAGUGGUAGACAUAAUCAGACGGAAUGUCAGAUGGAUGAUUUAGCUGAAGUGGUCCUGGACAGCAUCACUCUACUGAUCUGCCUGUUUGGACUGGUGGGGAAUGGGAUCAUUCUCUGGAUUCUUGGCUGCCACAUCAAGAGGAACCCCUUUACUGUCUACAUCCUGAAUUUGGCCAUUGCUGACUUUGGUUUCCUGCUCUGCCUGCCUGUUUUCCUCGCAAUAUAUUAUAUAUAUUGUUUUACUUCACAUUUUCCCAUCAUACUAGACACAUUUUUCCUACUUUCACUAUUGACAUAUAACACCAGCCUGUUUGUUCUGACAGCCAUAAGCACUGAGAGAUGUCUGUCUGUCCUCUGUCCAAUCUGGCAACAUAUUCACCGCCCAAAGUACUUGUCUGCCACGGUGUGUGCCCUGCUCUGGGUUCUUUCCUGUCUGACAACUGGACUAAUAUCAUUUUUCUGUCUGUUUGAAGAAUCUGACUAUUGUACUGUGAUAUUCAAGGUCACGUGCAUUUUGAGUUUCUUAAUUUUCCCUCCCCUUAUGAUUAUUUUCAAUCUGAUCCUUUUCAUCAGGAUUCAAUAUGGCUCACAGCGACAUCAGCCCAGAAGGCUCUAUGUUGUUAUCCUGCUCACCAUCAUCUUCUUCCUCCUCUUUGCUGUUCCCUUCAGUGCCUAUAUUUUCCUUAGUAUUUAUGAAUAUUUUGAUUUGAAAUUUGAGGCAUGUACUAUGCUGGCCUCCGUAAACAGUAGCGUCAACCCUGUUAUUUACUUCUUGGUUGGGAACUAUAGGAAACGCCUGUUCAGGGGCUCUGUCAAGGUUGCACUCCAGAGAGUUUUUCAAGAGAAGAUAGAUCCCAGGGGAGUAAAUGAGGUGCCUACAGCAGACAUAAUGGAUACAACCAUUUAAAUCCCUAUGGGCCCAAAUCUGGGAGAAGCAGUUCUGAGCCUAGAUGGUUUCAUCGGUCCUAGAAAAUCAGUCCCAACAUUUGUCCUUGCCUACCCACAUGGAGCAGGCCCCAUCCCUACUGCAUAUCCCUAAGGUUCUAAGCAUGCACAAAGGGUCAAAUGAGUCAUACAAGGUCUACAUCUGAUCCCUUUGGACCCAAUGGAGAAGUUGUAUUGGCUUCACUGAGAGCAGAAGUGGAUCCAAAAUGGUCCAAUUGAUUUGUUGUAUAAGAAAGCAGGUAAAUCUCAUUUCCAAUGGAGAUUUUCUCUCCAGGUCAAACUAUUUCCUGUUCCUGUCUUUUACUUAAGUACUACUGUCAGGCAGUAUACAUGAACCUAUAUACCAAGGGACACAAUGCCAAAAUACUACUGAGCAUUUGGUGAGUUUGAUCUCAGCUAUUAAUUAUGACUUUCAGUGAUUUGCAAAAGUCUCUACUGUAACUGGCUGUUAUUUCUCUGUAAAGCCCUUUUGUUCUGUGAUCUUGUUUGCAUAUCUUCAUUUUACUUUGUUCUGAAUGGGAGGCUUUUCAAAUUAGAAAGGCGGGACACAUGCCUGCCUUUCCUCCCCAACACUGGAAGCAUAGCUGGAGCAGAAAAAGAAUGGCCAUUGAAAUUUAUGGACCAAGUUUCCUACAUCUGAAAAUAAGUGUUGUUACAUAUUAUGAUCAGGACAUGCUGAAGCUAGAUGGCAUUAAAAUUAUA